UCUGUCUUCACAUCUUCUUUUCAUCUCUUAGUUAGAUUUCUUAAGUGAAAAUGGCAUCGGGGUAUUCCGCCGGUGGACCGGAUUUUUACGCUGGAAUUGAAGGCAGAUCCGUGGAAAAUACUGGCGCCGUCAGCAACAACCAACCCACUGCGCCGUAUAGGAAGCAAAUCCCCGGAAUCUUCGUGGUUCCGGCGUCUCAGAUCGUGAACAGAGCCACACCUAACCUCAUCGGCAAUCGAACGCUAGCUGACUUCGAAAAGCAACAACUCCAAUAUAAUAAUCUAGGCCGUAAUAAUCUUUAUCUUCGUUCCGUUAAGCCCAGGACUAAUUACCAGCACAGCUCUUCGAUUUCUCCGUUAUCUCCCAUCGGUUUCUCGUCCAACUUGUCGCCGGACGUUAUGGGUAAUUUCUCCUCUCCUUCCGCUUGUAUAUCGCAGCGAUAUCACGGACUUCCGCUUUUACAACAACCGAGGCCGGAGCAGCUGAACCCGGUUGAAACACCGGUGAUCCAGCAGCAAGACUCGGAGAAGAAGAUGAUGAAUCAGCUUCACGAACUGGAGAAACAGCUAUUCCAAGACGAAAACGACGGCGAAGGAGAUGCGGUCUCGGUGAUUACCAACACAAACAGCGAGUGGUCGGAAGCCAUACAAAAGUUGAUCAGUUCCGGCAGCCCUAUCAACCUCGUUGCUCCAUCUCCUACUUCAUCGUCUUCAUCCACGUCGUCUGUGGCUUCUCCGGCAUUGGCUUGUUCAAAGAAGACAAUAAUAGAGGCUGCAUCAGCUAUUUCCGAGGGGAAAUCUGGAGUCGUUAACGAGAUCCUGACCCGGUUAGUUCAAGUCGGUAACGCUAAAGGGAAUUCAGAGCAGAGGCUCAUGGGUUGCAUGUUGUUGGCACUUAAAUCGCGGGUUAACUCAGUUGAAAACCCGCCGCCAGUGGCUGAGUUGUUCAGCGAGGAACACGCCACCGCUACUCAUUUGCUUUAUGAUUUGUCCCCUUGUUUUAAGCUCGGGUUCUUGGCAGCAAAUCUGGCUAUCGUCGAUGCCACUUUCGAACAACCAAGUUGUAAUAAGUUACAUAUUAUCGAUUUUGAUAUCGGGCAAGGAGGGCAGUACAAAAAUCUUCUCCACGCGCUAUCGGAGCUUGGGAGUAAAAAACCAACACUGGUGAAAAUCACAGCUAUUGCAGAUGAUGGUGGGGAUGAUAGGUUGAAGAUUGUUGGGGAUCAAUUGAGUCAAAUUGCUGAGCGAGUUGGAGUUUAUAUGAAAUUUAAUGUGGUAACGGGUCUUAAACUCAGCGAUCUGACUAGGGAGUCGCUCGGUUGCGAAGCGGACGAGUCAUUGGCUGUUAAUUUCGCGUUCAAGCUUUAUCGAAUGCCUGACGAAAGCGUGUGCGUGGAGAAUCCAAGAGACGAACUUCUCCGUCGCGUGAAAGGAUUUGCGCCGCGCGUGGUAACACUGGUGGAACAAGAAAUGAAUACCAACACGGCGCCGUUCGCGUCGCGGGUGGCAGAAGCUUCCGCAUAUUAUGGAGCUUUAUUUGAGUCGAUCCAGUCGACGGUGUCGAGGGAGAACUCACAACGAAUGACGGUGGAGGAAGGGCUGUGCCGCAAAAUCGCCAACUCAGUUUCGUGCGAGGGGAGGGACCGAGUGGAAAGGUGCGAGGUUUUGGGGAAGUGGAGGGCCCGGAUGAGCAUGGCGGGCUUCGAGUUGAAGCCACUGAGCCAGAGUGUAGCUGAGUCGAUGCGGGGUAGACUCAAUGGUGGAAACCGUAUCAACCCGGGAUUCACCGUUAAAGAAGAAAACGGUGCUGUUUGCUUCGGUUGGAUGAACCGAACUCUCAUAGCCGCAUCUGCUUGGCGAUGAUUUAACCUAUUCAAUUUGUCUCAAAUAUUUUAUACAUUUAGGAAAAUUAUAUAUUAA